AUGAAAGAAAAUAAACAAGUAAGACAACAAUAUUCAGACGAACGAAACUUCUACGUCCAGGGCAAGCAACUGCUAAUUACUUUACUAUCGACUGAUGUUCGAUGGAAGAUAAGUUUUACUAGCCUGGCCUGCUUAUUUAUCACCGCACAGCAUUACAAUCAUGGAUGGAUAGAUAAAUCGAUAAAAUCCAACCAAUAA